AUGGGAGUCCACCAGUACACUUACGUGUUUGCUAUUGGCACUAUCUUCUCCCUUCUCGACGCCUUCAACAAUGGUGCUAACGAUGUUGCAAACGCAUGGGCGACAAGCGUCUCCUCGAGAUCUGUGUCAUACAGAAUGGCAAUGGUAUUGGCUACGAUAUUCGAGAUCCUUGGCGCAUGCACCGUGGGAUCACGAACAGCAGAGACCAUCAAGGAUGGCAUUAUUACAGUCGAAGCCUUCAAAGGUAAUUCUGGUGUCCAGAUGCUCGCAUUCACCUGCGCCGUCGCAGCGGCCUCCUCUUGGGUCAUGUGGUGUACACGGAAUUCUACCCACGUGUCGUCCACCUACUCCCUCAUUUCCGCGGUUGCUGGUGUGGGUGUAGCCACUGCCGGUGCCUCCAAGGUGCAAUGGGGAUGGCAUGAAGGAUCAGGCCUUGGUGCUAUAUUUGCUGGCCUGGGCAUGGCUCCUGCUAUUGCUGGCUGCUUUGGGGCGAUUAUCUUUUCGCUGAUCAAGGUUAUUGUUCACAUGCGCGCGAAUCCGUUGCCGUGGGCGGUCUGGACCUCGCCUUUCUGGUUCCUUGUGGCGGCCACCAUCUGUACGUUGUCUAUUGUCUUCAAGGGGUCCCCUAACCUUGACCUCGAUAAGAAGGCCGGAUGGUAUGUUGCUUCGGUCAGUGUGGGUACUGGAGGUGGUGUCUGUAUUCUGUCCGCUAUUUUCUUCGUUCCAUUCCUCUAUAUGCGCGUUAUUAAGAAGGAUUAUAACGUCAAAUGGUAUAUGGCUAUCAUGGGCCCGAUCCUGUUCUUCCGUCCUGCUCCUCCCAAUGCCGAACAGGCCACGGUUCCCGACUAUGCCGUUGUCCAGGAAGACCAGGAGCACAUCUCGUCCCCUCAGUUGUCCGGAGAAGUCAAGGUGGAGGAUAAUGGGAACAUCGCUAUCACUGAGAUUCAAUCCACACAGUCCACCUACCAGAAGCUCAUGGCGGAAGGUGAGCAGAGAUUCCAUGCCAAACUUAGGCAAUCCAAAGGUCCCCUUGGCUGGGCCAUGUGCGUCCUCCAUAACAACCCCAUAGGCGCAGGUGAGAUCUACGAGUUCCACAAUAUGGCCAUUAUCAUAAAGCGGAUUCCUGCUACGAUCGUUGCCGGUGCACUCUAUGGUAUGCACUAUGAUAUUCACGCCGCGCAAACCGGUGUCUCGGGCACGCCGGAGGGCGCCCGCAUGCAGCGCGUAUACUCACACGCUAAAAAGUACCCUAACGAAGUCGAGUACGGGUACUCGUUUAUCCAGAUUAUCACUGCCUGCACCGCAUCCUUCGCCCACGGCGCCAAUGAUGUCGGGAACGCCGUCGGCCCUUGGGCCGCGAUUUACUCCUCCUGGAAGACUGCCGAUGUCACGGCCGCUGAGGCCCCCGUUCCCGUCUGGCAACUGGCUGUCGUCGCAAUUACAAUUUGCGCCGGGUUUAUUCUCUACGGGUACAACAUCAUGAAGGUCAUGGGUAACAAGAUCACCUACCACUCGCCGAGCCGAGGCUGCUCGAUGGAAAUGGGUGCAGCUCUCACGGUGCUGAUCUUUUCGCAUUACUCUCUACCCGUCUCGACCUCCAUGUGCAUUACCGGUGCCACCGUGGGUGUUGGUCUCUGUAACGGCACUUUCAAAGCCGUCAACUUUCAGCGUGUGGCCCUUCUGCUCACCGCCUGGAUCCUCACCAUCCCUAUUGCUGGUACCCUCGGGGGAUGUCUUAUGGGUCUCGUCCUUAAUGCCCCUCACUUCCUAUAG